AUAAUACAGCUUAUACAGAUAUAUAUUAAGAAUGAUAAAGCAGUUAGGAUUAAUAAUCUUGAUUAUUGGUAUAACUGCCCAGCUGCUAUUAAAUUUCUCUCAGUAAUGAUAUCAGCUAGCUUAUUAGGAGUUUUGAAAAAGACGGAAGUCUGUUGUUCUCGUAGUGACCUUAUUGAGAUUAUUUGGUUUACUCUAAUAUCUGCACGUACAUUCUAUUCGUAUGCACCUCAGUCAUAUACAGACAUAUAG